AUGGCGGUUGACCCGUUUCGCUCGGCUACGUCUAUGGGGACAGGAGAAGACACGUCGUUAGCUGUGCCGUCUGACGACAAGCUACGGUCAGGUCAACGACGAGUACUGGAUCAGGUCCAUUCGAUAAAGAGGAGCAAGUCUAAACAGAGCAAAAAAAGCACGUCAUCACCAACAAGUAAGAACAUUUUGUCAAGUCCUGGAUCUGGCAGUGUUUUCAGUGGCACCCGCUCUUUAAGGUUCACCUCCGUGAAGCAGAAUGGCAGUGGAUUUCAGCGGAGUGACUAUGCCGUGGCCACAGGCCAGUCUAAAAUGCAACAGCAACAGCAGGGCAGGUAUCGUUCGCUAUCCGCAAGGACUAUGACUGUUCGUCAUAGUACCAGUCAACAGGACAAGAAGUGGCCUGAGCCACUCAAUACCAAUGGCCUGAAGACCAGUCGCAGUGACCCCUCUUUAGAAGUAGAUACUCCAGUCAGCGCAGCAGCACACACUAUGCUGCGAACUGCCACUGUGCGAGGACAAACCUCUAGUCGGAGCGACAUGCAGUCUGUAGCCGUGGAUAGUGGUCAGGUGACCGCCAAGAGCAGCCAAUCACGCCUGAUCAGAUUUCCUUCUAACCAAGCUCAGGUGGAAAACAAGGUUUCGGUGACCAAGAGCAAAACCACAGAGGUGUCUGGGAUGAAUGGGAUGUCUAUUAUGCCUGACAUCACUAUGAAGGAGGCGGUGGAGUAUCUGUCCAGCUCUGAGGAGAGUUAUCAGCUAUGUGGAGCAUCAUUCAUCCAACACAGUACUUUUAAAGAGGAUAAAGCUAAACAAGAGGUACAUCAGCUGAAUGGAAUCCCUCCUCUGGUGGCAUUACUGCGCAGUCCGAAGCCACACAUCCAGCAGACCGCGGCCGCUGCACUGAGAAAUCUGGUAUUUAAAAACACCGAGAAUAAACUGCAGGUGUCGGCCUGCGGAGGGAUCGAAGAGGCUCUGUCUCUGCUCAAAGAGACGGGAUCCACAGAGACCCAAAAACAACUUACAGGUUUCUUGUGGAACUUGUCCUCAGCAGAUGCACUUAAGGCUGAGCUGAUAAAGAACGCCUUGCCUGUUCUCACUGAGAGUGUUAUAGUGCCAUACACCUGCUGGUCAGACAGCACUGUCAACAACAACGUGGACCCAGAAGUCUUUUACAGCACUACCGGCUGUAUGAGAAACCUGAGCUGUGCCAAAGUGCAGGAGAGACAAGUCAUGCGUGAGUGCAGAGGCCUGAUUGACUCUAUCAUCACAUACAUUCAAUCCUGUGUAGACGUCGACCAGCCUGACGACAAGUCGGUCGAGAACUGCGCCUGUAUUUUACAUAAUCUCACAUAUCAGCUGGAGACGGAGGCACCUGAACACUUCAGUAAAUUCAAUGAGCCAGACAAGAGCAGCCCUGAGAGAAAGAGCCCGACUGUUGGCUGUUUCAGCCCAAAAAGUAACAAAAUUCAGGAGAGGAUCUUUGAUUUCCCCGCUGUGGAGGAGAGUGCACCAAAAGGCAUCGGUUGGUUGUACCACACUAAGACCAUGCAGACAUACCUGUCUCUACUGGGCUCCAGUCAGAAAGACUCCACUCUAGAGGCCUGCUGUGGAGCCCUGCAGAACCUCACUGCAAACAAAAGCCCUUUCUCCUAUUUGAUGGGUCAAACUAUAGUGCAGAAACUCAAUGGACUGCCAUACAUAACAUCCCUGCUGAAGUCCCCCAAUUCUAGCCUGCAAAAUACUACAAUGUCAUUGGUGGGGAACCUUGCAUGUGCCACAACAAUACAGACCACUAUGGCCCGGCAGGUGGUCCCCGAGCUCAGUUCUCUCCUAACUGCUGGCACCAAGGAAUUGGGAAACUCAGACAAAACCAUGGCAACAGCCUGUCAUGCAGUGCGCACUUUGCUUUUGGCUGAGCCAGAGAUGGGUAGGAAAGUGCUGAACACUGCAUUUAUAAGCUCACUGACUGAUCUGAGUGAGAAUGGACAUUUCAGCAAAGCCAGCAAGGCGGCCUCUCUCCUGCUCUACAGUCUCUGGGGGCAAAAGGACAUCCAGAGUUUCCUAAAAAAGCAAGGAAUGAGCAAGACCAUGUUUGUAAAUGAAACCACCAUUGCCGCCCAUAAAAGCGUCCAGGUUAUUGAGUGAUAAAACUCCAGUCUUCUCAGCAUUAUAACCAAGGUAAGGACCUGUUUUAUGAGACAGGCAUACACACCCAUGCUGUGAGCAAUGCCUCUCUUAGAGCUGA